GACGCCAAAAGUGCGUCUGGAGACUCCCCUCAGGGUGCCGUCUCGCACCGGAUUGGUUACCGCCCAGCCUGCCCGGCCACCCAUGGGCGGCUAUGGAGACCCCGUGGGGAUGGAGGGACUCAGCUCCCUCACAAAGUCGUGCUCCUUUCAGGUGCCCCUGAUGCGCCUGCGCACACGGGCCGCUCCAGUGCUGGCCCAGACAGCAUGGAAUGGAAGCCGCCAAGUGUCCACAGAGACACCAGUAACAGCUUUUCAGUCUGAAGUCCUACAGCUGGUUCCACAGUGCAGUUUUGAUUUCUCCAAC